AUGAUGAUGCAGCGAAGACGGGCUACAACAGAAGAGCUAGCUCAAGGAGAAGAUGAAAUCCGACGAGCCAACCAACGUAUGGAGGCAGAGCUGGCCAGUGGAGCUGAGCUGCAGUUAGAAAACAAAGAAAGGUCUGAGGCAGAGGUUUUUGAGUCCCCCGGAAAUCCAAAGGAUAAAAGUCUGGGAAGUGAGGAGAAGCCAAACAGUGCCCCGAAUUCUUUCUUUCCUCCUGGUGCAGAAAAGGCAUCACAGGAGUCAGCUGCGAAGUCGUCAGGUUCAGCGAAGUCAGUUCCUGCCACACCAAGGAAAACUCAGGUAUCGCCAUCAGAACGUUCCGAACUGCAGCAGAACCCUCAGUCUGCCCCAGGUUCAAAUCAAGCGGUUGUUUUGGCAUCCACCGAAGUUGUCAAGACUCCUGAGACCUCUGCGGCAAUGGUGGUAUCGAACGUGCAAGGCAUGUCAAAUGGACCUCAGUAUGCGGAAAAUGAUUCUGGGCGAGCGCAUCAAGUUGUUUCUGUGGAAGCCACACCUGCUGCCCAAUCCAAUGUUUCUUCAGUUCCCCUUUUUGAUGAAAGCCAGAUUCGAAGAUUCCAGGAAAUCUACAACCAAGCACCUUGGCUCUAUCCAGGGAAUCAGCUGUUGGGACCACCCGCAAUGGUGCCACAACCGAUAGCAAGACCCUUGUUUUUGGAGCAAGAUGAGCGUAGAGUCCAUGGAGUUGGGAUGGUUGGGGAUCAAGCUUCAUACCUGUUUCCAUACAUGCCUCAACCUGGUCCCUCUGAACAUGCUGAACUUAGAAGGGAAUUGGAAAGAAUCAUGGAAGAAAAUCAAAAAUUGAGGGCUAGAAUCGAAACGUUGGAAAGCAUGCGAGUAGAUGUAGAUCAGAAGUUUUCCACCCCGGAAGAACCCAAAAAGGAGGCUGUAGACCCCCACUCAAAGGAGGCUGCAGGUUCCCGUGCCAAGGAGGCUGUAGACCCCCACUCAAAGGAGGUUGCAGGCUCACCCUCAAAGGAGGCUGUAGACCCCCACUCAAAGGAGGUUGCAGGCUCACCCUCAAAGGAGGCUGUAGACCCCCACUCAAAGGAGGUUGCAGGCUCACCCUCAAAGGAGGCUGCAGACCCCCACUUUAAGGAGGCUGUGAGACCACCAAAGACCGAAGCUCAGGAUCCACGAAGUUUCAAAGCUGAGGAGGCUGUGAGACCCCCAAAGCAUGAAGCCGAAGAUUCGAGGAGCUCUCAACCAAAGGAGGCUGCAGACCCCCAAAGUCAAAGACCCAAGGAUGAUGGAAGUGGAGCCAAUACCACUUUCACUGAGCGAUCUUUGGAGUUCAUGGCACUCAUGAUGGACUCCAUGAAGGAGAUGCAUAAGCCAAAGGACGAAGGCGUGAUCAAAGGAGUUGAAACGGUGAGGUCUGGAGCUCCAGAUCUCCCCUUGCUGGCUCCGUGGGAGCCCCAACAAGGACCCUUGAUCCUUGGAGACUGGCUGUUGAUCAUCGAGCCCAUCAUCUCAGACCUCUCAACGUCUGCGAGCGUGUGGUGGAAGACAUCGGUGUCAGCAGCUGAAGCCUGGUACAAGGUGCACAUGGCCCUGUCUCCUCUGGACAGGAUUCAACACAAGGUUGAGACACCUGAAGAAGUGCUUCAACAAAAAUGGGAAAGGUUGGAAAGAAGGGUUGCGACUAUGCUUCUUCAAGCCCUUCCACAAGAAGUUCGUGGUGAAUUGGUGGCUGCCAGAAGGCUCACCACCUUUGGUGUCAUCACGCACUUGCUGGUGACAUACAGCCCUGGCGGAAUCUCUGAGAAACAAAACUUGCUCCGGAACCUUGAAGAUCCUCCGGAGAUCCCAACUGUCCAAGAUGGUCCAGCAGCUCUACGACGUUGGCUUCGCUGGCGACACCGAGCUAAAGAUAUCGGGGCCGUAGCUCCUGAUCCGAGUCUUCAACUUCGAGGACUCUUGAAGAUGUCAAAGAAGACCCUUGAAGCGCACCGAGAACUUCAGUUUCGUGUGAGCCUUGUGAGGAGUGGUUUACAAGUGGACACGGUUCCCAACGACACCAAUGUGGAGCAGUUCGCAUACCACCUCCUUGCUGAAUAUGAGCAGCUCUCGAUCUCUGAAAAGCGCCCUGGGGGAAAUGCAACUACAUCCAAGCAGGAUGCCACAAAAUCCAAACAGAAUGAAGUCGAAAAGCCGAAGGCUGCGAAGCUUCGAAAGUUGGAGGAGGAUGCAAGACCGAAAGAAAGAGGAGAGUCCUCACCGCAGAAGCCAAAGGUUCAGAAGGUUGAGGGGGAGGACACUUCGUCAACAAGCUCAAAGUUGAAGGAAGAUGAAGGGACUGAAGGUCCAACCAUGAAAGAACUGCUGGAACAGGAGAUGAUGGAUCGUCUUCAACAACAACUGGAUCGAAUGAAGCUCAAAGGCCUCAAGAUCAACCAGAUCAACUACGGCAGCCAACAGGGAUUGGUUGACUCAGGUGCCACACACCCAUUGCGUCCGAUGCGUCUGGGUGAAUCCAAGAACGACUACAAGAAGGUCUCUGUGACCCUUGCCAACGGUGAGAGCACUGCCCUUCAAGUUACUCCAGGUGGUGUGAUGGUCUCCGAGCGCAAAGAUGUCGAGCCUAUCAUCCCCAUGGGUAUGCUGGUGCAAAAGCUUGGAUGCAGGGUUGAUUGGAACCAAGGAACACUUCAAAUCCAUCAUCCUGAUCGUGGACUUCUACCAGUACAACCUCAAGAGGGGUGCCCUCAAAUCCCAAGAGCUCUUGCUCUUGAACUCAUAGAUGAGCUGGAGACGAAAGCACUCCAGUCCAAGCCUGAAGAAAAGAAGUUUGAGAAGGAAAAGAUUUGGAUGCAAGCUCUGGUCGAAGCUCACCCUGUCCUUCGACAACUACCAGCGGAAAUCAAGAAAAGCUUGGUGGUGGAUGUUGGAUCCUGGCGUGAUCUCCCUGUCAACCGACGUCAACGACGAAGACUUCAACGGGAUGGCUUCAUUGCUCAUCUCUAUGCAGGGCAGUCUGAAGGGUUCACAUUGACAAGAGCCUACCAGCAACAGGGUGGGAAUCCAGCUGACAUCCUCGAGGUGGACAUCAAACGUGGGGAGAAUCACAAUCUCCUCAUGGACUCUGGAGUUUACAGCGGUUUGCUGUGCGCUGUGAUGAGCGAUAAGGUCGAGGCCUUCAUCGCUGGACCCAACUGCAGAACAAGGUCAGUUUUGAGGCACUAUCCAAAAGAAAAUGCUCCGCGACCAGUCAGGGCGUGGGGAGGUGAAGAAUUUGGCCUCAAAGAUCUUUCUGAACAAGAGCGGUUGCAGGUGUUUGAGGACGACGUCUUGAUGUGGAGGUCUUCUGCUCAGCUCUCAAGAUGGGCUCCGGGCACAAUGAACAUGGUGGCCGAGUCCUUGAUGCUGCAGGUGAAGUGCCAGCCUCUGAAGAUGUGCCCUCUCAGCUGGGAUGAGCACAUAGCACAUGGCCAUACGCCAUAUCGGCGAGUUCUCUCGCUGGAUGUUGCAGGUCCUUUGAUUCCUGCCAAGGACCUGGGUGGCUUGCGAGCUCGAUGGAUGCUGGUUGGAACUCUGACAUGGGCCGUGCCAGCCGAGUCAAACAAGCUCCAAGAUGCUCAUGUUCCACAAGCUGACGGAGAUGAACCUCACUUUGAGGUUCACCCUGAAGAAGAAGAAGGUGGCUUUGACACCAAGAUCUUCCGCCUGGCCUCUCCGAUGAUCACCAAGACCGCAAGGGAGGUGACAAGAACCACAAUGGACAUGCUCCUCAGGCUUCGCAUGGAUGGUUUCCACAUCGGUCGCAUCCAUAGCGACAGGGGUAGGGAGUUUGCCGGCCAGUUCAAAAAAUGGGCCAACUCGCGGGGCAUAGCUUUGUCUCGCACCUCGGGCGAUGAUCCCAGAGCAAAUGGCCGAGUUGAAGUAGCCAUCAAGACCCUCAAAACUCAGGUGAGGCGAUUGCUGAAAGCUGCUGAUGUUGGCAGUGAACUCUGGCCCCUUGCAGCUCGAUAUGCUGAUGCCCUGAACAGAAGCUGGAGGAUUGGAGAAGAGCCGAAGUUUCCACCUUUUUUGCAAGAGGUUUUGGUGAGGAGAAGAACAUGGAGAAAGGGUGUUUUUGAGCCCACGACGGAAACGGUUCAAUACCUUUUUCCAGCAACAGAAGAACAUGGCCACUGGAUCCUUCCGAAGGAUGAGCCGCCACGAGUGACGAGGUAUGUCAUGAAGAAGGCCAAAGACCCCGUCUCUGAGCACCAAUGGCUCGCCUUGGAAAAGGACACCGUGGAUGCCCUCUUGGUCCGCCGAAGACUUCGAGGUGCAGAUGCCUCCGCCCUGCGCAUUCUCUGUUGGUGCUGCGCACUUUACCAAUGGGUUGCCUCAACUCUCGAUGUGCGCACAGCCUUCCUCAACGCCAAGAUGGUAUUGGCCGAUGAUGAGGAUCCAAUCCUGAUCAAACCUCCUGCUCUCCUGGUCGAGAAGAAGUACCUGAGAAGAGAUGUCUACUACCUGCCUGAAAAAGCGAUCUAUGGGUUGCGACGGUCUCCAAGACUGUGGGGCCUCACCAGGGAUGAGACCAUCUCUGACUUCUCAAUCCAGGGGGAGCACAAUGGAAAGCACAUGGAGUUCAUGCUGGAGCCUUUGCAGUCCGAACCCAACUUGUGGAAACUGCGAAAUGCCCUUGAACCAGAAGACACCACUCUGUAUGGUCUUUUGAUGACGUACGUGGAUGACCUGAUGCUGGCAUCAUCUCCAAACUUACUCCAAGCCAUGCAGGCCAAGAUCCAAUCGACAUGGACCACUUCAACACCAGAGUUUGUCGGCCCGGAACCUGUCAGAUUUCUGGGAAUGGAGAUCUCAAAAGAAUGGAAAGAGGAGUUUCAAAGAGAUGUUUGGAUGGUGACGCAGCAGUCCUACACCAAAGACCUCACACAAAAGGAUCCUGAAGUCAAGCCAAAACGGAUCCCUUGGACCAGAGAUCAAUCAGCCAUGGAACCAAAUGAGGCUGAGAUCACACCUGAGCUGAUCCGCUCCUGCCAAAAAGCUGUUGGCGAAGUCUUGUGGCUGACAACCCGGGCACGGCCAGACAUCAUGUACGCUGUAAGCCGCAUGGGCUCAUCAUCCACGAGGGCACCACAUGCCGUUUUGGCAGCCGCACUCCAGCUCAAAGGCUACCUGAUGGCCACUUCAGAUGAAGGGUUGAUGUUCAAUGUGAAAGAAGGUGAAAGCCCCGUUUUGACGGUGUACACUGAUGCAGGUUUUGCGCCGGAUGCACAGGAGAGCCAUGGAUCAUUUGUGGUCCUGCAGGGCACAACUCCAAUUUUCUGGAGGUCGGGCCGCCAGAGCUACAUCACGCUCUCAACUGCUGAAGCAGAGCUCACUGAGAUCGUGGAGGGCAUGAUAGCUGGUGAAUCGAUCUACGUGAUCCUGGCAGAGCUCUUCCCUGUGGUCCACAAGCUUCUCAAAACUGACAGCCAGUCAGCACUUGCCAUCUUGUCCAACGAUGGUGGUAACUGGCGAACCCGCCAUUUGAGGCUGAGGUGCUCCUUCGCAAGGCAGUCGAUCCUUGCGGGUGAAUGGGUCAUUCAGCAUGUGGCUGGUGAGUUCAUGAUUGCCGACAUCGGCACCAAGCCACUCACAGCGGCACGACUUGAGUUCCUCAAAAAGUUGAUGGGGAUGGGAAAACUGGUAAUCAAAGAUGAAGUGAAAAGUAUGGAAGUUGAAGAAAAGAAAGAAGGAGAAAAGCAGGACGGUCUUUUGACCACCAAGGAAAAGACCAAAGUCGCGGAAGCAGCCCAAGUUUUGAGGCUGAUCACUCUUGCAGCGUCAAUUGCUGCAGCCAAAGCGGAAGAGGGGGAGAAGGAGCACGAAGAGAACUAUCCUUUUGAGGUCAUCAUUGCCUACACCUUGGGCAUCAUCAUUUUGACGUUGGUGGCGCAGCGAAUCUGGAAUGCAGCAGUACGAGGGGUCAUCGUCGUACGACAGUAUGUUUUGGCCAACCUUGGAAGACUCUCCAUGAACGCUGUGCGAAAGGAGGAAGAGAUCCCCGAAGGAGAUCAAUCUGAAUCGCUCCCGGCAUCAAAUGAAAGCCGGUCCACCGACUCAAAUGAUGGUGAUCAAGUACCACCUCAAGCUCCGCUUCCAAUUCUUGAAGAUCCGCCCUCAACAUCAGAAGCUCCGCGACCAGAACAGGCGAUCAACGUGGUUUUACAAUCAGAAGCUACCCAGACUGGAAUUCUUCCUGGGUAUAUUGCGAACGUGGCCCAGACUGGAAUAUUUCCUGGGCCUGAGUCCGAGGUGAUCCAGACUGGAAUAAUUCCUGGAUCCGACUCACGAAUGACCCAGACUGGAACAUUUCCUGGGUUUAACGAUCGCGAUGCCCAGACUGGAACGAUUCCUGGGCAUGAGACAUCGGCACUUUUUCAAAGUCAAGAAGAACGAGCCGCUGCUCUCGAGAUGCUUCGCCAACAUGAUGCGACGAUGGUUAACUACGAGGCUGAGUGGAAUCAAAUUCUCAGAGAAGAAGAUCGAGUUCGUGAUGAGCUCACCAAUGCUCAGCCGGGACAUCCCAUUUUGGGACCUAUGAAUCCUCCACAAGCUGAACCAGCGCUACCACUCCUGCCCUUCGAAGUGAUCACUACGCGGCAUGGAACCGUGUACCAUAAUCGGUUGGACUGCCGGUAUCUCACUGCGCCAAUGACUGGACAUGCGCGACUCCAUCGGUGGUGCACCAAGUGUCGAGCCGAAGCAGCCCAGACUGGAAGAAUUCCUGGGCAUGGAUUUGCAGUGCUGAUCAGCGGCCGAGAGAUCGAUUUUCAUACUGAUGUGACGUGUGAAGAAGCUGAAAGGGCUUCCACUUUUGCACUCUGCACUGCAUGCCUUGAAGGUACUUGA